AUGAGUAACCCAUUUAAGAUUGUUCCAUCAGAUUCUUUUUUGAAUAUCCUUAAUCAAAAUAAUGUUUCUGUAGUAGAUGUGGAUGAUGAUUAUAGAGCAGAGUAGGAUUGGAUGUUUGAAAAUGAUUGUAAUAUUAUUGAAGAAUCAAUAUUGUAAUAAUAGCCUAUAAUGCCUGAGCGAUCAAAGGCAUUAGUUGGAAGAGAAUUAAUAUAAAAAUAUAAAUAACAUAAAGAGGAGGAUCUUUUGAAAAAAAAUAAAGAGGUUUUUUAAGCAAAUCAAUCUAAAAGCAUAUACCUUAAUAAAAUUCAAUAAUUAAUAGAUAAACCAACAGUUGUAGGAAAGCCAAAAUAAACGUAAAUAUUAUUUAUAGAGAUAGUCGUUAAAAGGUGAUAGUUGAGAGUGACUCAUCUGACGGAAAAAAUAGAUUAGCUAAAAAUAGGGAAUCUGCUAGAAAUUCUAGGAAAAGAAAAAAAAUCUAUAUUGAAUUAUUAGAAAAUAAAGUAAAAGAAUUAACAGAAUAAAUAAAAUAAUUAGAAUAUCAUGUUUAAUAAAACAGAAUUAAAAAUAUUUAAGUAUGAAUUUUUAAUUAGAAAUUUAGCUUGAAAAUUUUAUUGAAGAUUAUUAGAAAUCAAUGAUUUAACUUAAUGGUUUACAAAGUAUUCAAUAAUUACAUGAAUAAUUUGGGGCAACUUCUUAAAAAAGAUGGACUGUUUGCACUGAAAUCAUAAAUUUAUUAAUUGAGACCACUAUUCCUAUCGAAAUAAAAAAAUUAAUGGAAUCUGCCAAAAAAGGAACUGAUAUGUUUAUUUAACCACUUCUUUAACAUAAUCCAUGUCUAAUUUAUAAAGAUUAUUUUAAAUAAGGAACAUUUGAAUUAGAAAUGUAUUAAUUUAUGUAAAUUGAGAGCGACAAAAAAUUUUGGUUUGGCUUAUGAUAAAAUUAGAGAAUAAGUAUUUGCUUUAGAAAGAUUAAAAUUUGAUGUCAUUUAAAUCUUAGGCCCAGAUUCUUACAUUGAUUACUUAAAUUCAUAAUCAUAAUGA